ACAGGUGCCCAAAUUGAGUUUCCCGCAUUAGCAGCAACGUUCUUACGACAUUAAUUGGGAAAGUAGCUUAUUCUGUAAAAUAGCAUCGAUUAUCAAUGUGGCGCAUCUUCUGUAUACAAAUACCUAUUAUUUGUUUACCUAACCGGAGCUCAUUCCCCAUUAUCACACACGUGCGGAAGAGUAACUCUCAUUCUCAUAAUUACAGGUUGCUUUUUCCUCUUGAAUAAACAACAUUACAUUUCCAAUAAGACUACAUUAUAGUGUUUUCUUCGCUUUUCUGUAAAUGGCUUAGGCAUGUAAACCAUUGCGUGAGGCUGAAUUUGAGCAUAGAGAAGCAUUUGAGAGAUCUAGUAUCGACGAGUAGGGAUUGGACUCCAUUUAGCAAGAGCAACGUUAGCUUGAACACGGAAAAUACGUACCAGGUGAAACUGAGUUUUUCAUAAGUCUGCUGAUCAUGAAUAGGCAAGGUUGCAGUGGGGAGAAUGUUUCACCAAGGAACAUUUCCAUUGGAAUAUCAAGAAAUGGUCUGACUAACGGUCUAUCAGAGGAGGAUGAGGAUGAUUUAAAGAUGGAGCUAGCAAAGACAGAGGAUGAGAUGCAGACAUUGCGGCAGGUGCUCUUGGCCAAAGAGAAAUAUGCGGUGGACAUCAAGAGGCAGCUGGGUAUGGGCCCCUUCAGUGAGAUUAAACACAACAUGUCCAAAGGCUGGCAUGAAGUCCAGACCUCCAACAUGUAUAAGAUGACCCAUGACACUAUUUCUCAUGCAGGACAGAUCAGCACUGCUGCCAUGUCCACAAUGGGUGUGGCCAUCACAAGGAGACUGGGAGAAAUGAGAGCACUGCCUUUGCCAAGCCCACCUCGCCCCUCCUUGAGCCACUCCAUCAGUGUGCCUGCUAUGAGUAUGAGACAUUCCAAUACAUUCAAGUCCUUUGAAGACAUGGUGGGAAGUAUGAAGAACAAGGUGUCCGGGAGUCGAGGGAAUGACGGAAAUGUCUCUGGGUUUGGCAGAAGCCCAUCUCAGAACAGUGGUUCCUUCUAACAUAAUCCACCUAAUUUUCCCUCUUCCAUCUAUACUCCUUUAAUCACUUUCACCUGAUGUCAUUGUCCACACUACCCCAUCAGACAUUAAACAUUUUGUAGGAUGUUGAUGAAUGAAUAAAUUACCAAAUACAGUUUCUAUGGAUUCUGUGUGGGCUAUGCAGAGAUAUUUAACUUUUUGUUGUUGUUGGAGUGGGGUGGGAGAGAUUUAAAAUGUCAUACUGUGAAUUGAAUGUCAUCAAGGUGCAAAUGUUUUUCUACAAUUUUAUAGAAUGUAGCUUCAGUUGUGAGAUAGGAGUAAUGCAUUUUGUAUAGCUUUGUCAGUGUUGGUUCCAACCAUUCAUUCAUUUAAAAUGUUUAAAUAGUAUUUCCAAUAUCCAGCUAUUUAUAUUGUCCUGUUGAUUGAAGGAAAAUAUUACUGUUUUCCUAUUACUGUUGGCUUAUAUCCUGCUACUGCAUUCUAAGAACAUAACAAUCCCAAAUGUACAGUGAAGUAUUUUUGUACUUUGAGAAUUUUUAAUUAAAACGUAUUAUAUGUGG